UGCCCGAGCAACCCAAGUACUCUACCGACGUGAAGCAUUACAGUACACGAAAGAGACUCGAGACAAUAUCAUAGCAAGAGAGAUCCGAAAUAGUAUGAGUAGAACAGACAAGCUCCCAGCGAGGCGAGGACUCGAAAAAGUCCCAGAUACCAGGAAUUACGGUUGAAAUCGGACUGAAGAAAAGUAUCGAUCGAUACCUUGAUUGCCUCAGACAAGCAUCAGCUGAGCUUUUCCAGGGUCCAGUCAACGUCGUUGUCAUCCCCGCGUUGGGAAAACUGUUCGUUCGUCGGGUCGUCUACGGCUCAUUGUCUCUAGGCGCUCGCUUUAACGCUCAACCCGUCGUCAGGUCUUCAAUCGCUUCGGUAUUUUCAUUCUAGCUUCUGUGCCUCCGGUCCAUCCCUCCCGUCCGCUCCACUCCUGUGGCCCGGCACAUGCAAACGAGCCAGCGACGCCAAGGCGUGCGACCGCCGCUCGCCGCCGCUGAUGCUGGACACCAUCUCAGACGGAUUGGUUCAACGAUUAUGGGGUCCUGUUCUUCAUUGCUUUUUCCGUCCUCGUGCAAUCGACAAUGCAGUGCUGCUCUCGACCUUACCUUAAUCUUCUCCGUCAACCGAAGCGCAUUUCCCACUCUUGUCUGUGUGUACAUACAACCCUUCAUUGCAUCCAUCCGUCAUCCACUCACCCACUCAAGAAGUUCCUCCAUUCACCAAAGGACCACUUACACCACCUAUGUAUAGACGGACACAAAGUACCAUGGACAUGAACUUGGCAUGGGUUCCAGUCUGCGAGACCCAGACCAAGACCCAGGACCCAGACCCUCCCAGGGCAUCCCUUACUAGCGAGCCCAUCUCUGGAGUCAGCCCGUUGCGACUCUGUCCCUGGCCCCGACCCCUGGAUGUGGAAAGGCGUCCGUUGUGGAUGGCUUCUUGCUUUGAGCCGAGCUGGCGCUUCACUCUUUUUGCGCCCACGAGGUACGCCAAUACCUAUGACAACCACCUACCUAUACUACUCCGUACCGUCACUACCCACGGCAUUCUGCGCAGCUCUUCUCCCAAGAGAGAUGGGCCAGGGUCCUGUCCUGUCCUUCAUAGGCCUUCUCCGGCAGAAUGACAGGAUCGCGGCAUCGACGUUGCCCCAUUCGCGCGAAGAACCGAAUGUUGCAAUUUGAGUAGGCUCCUCCAAAUACGUCUAGUCCCUAGCCUCUGGGGCGUGUAACCAAACGACAAUGUACAGAGUACGGAUACACCCUACCCAGUCCCGGUCCCAAUCUCCAUCUGCUCGUUCGUGAGCUCCGAGGCGAGGGGUCCAGCGGUCCAGCUUCGAACUUGUCGGUCGAUCACGCCGUCUCAAUGGGACGCGGGCAUCCAUCGACGUCUGCCCGUUUUACAUAUUAGCCCCUCGGUGCCCCUCCUCUCCUUCCAGUGCGUCUCUUGAUUCUUCUUCACCAGCUCCCAUUUCUCUCCCCAAGCCUUCUCUCAACCGCCCAUUCAACCGGUGGCCCAGCUUCAUUAUACCCAAAGGCUUCAACCAGAUACGCCGCCACUCUUUGAGAGUCGAUGACGAACAGUGUGGCUUGAGACUACUUUGGAUCAAUCACAAGGAAAAAGCCAGCAUUAGACGAAAAAAAAGUUCUACCCACCACACCCAAAAAAUACCCCGCGCAGUUUCGCACCCGCAUCCCACUUUUACACCGGGCUUUUAUUCAACCCGUCUCAAAAUCGAAAAGUAACGCCCUCAAGGUCAGUUGAUGUGCUCCCACUCUUCCGAAAGAGUGAGAUUUCAAAGGUCAUUAAGCUGAUGGUUUUAAAGCCCCUGCUCUUCCCGCUCAGUUGCAUUGUCACUGGCACAUUGAUCGACCCAUCCGCUCGUCAAAUAAUACCCCCAGCCGCUGUUUGCGACUUGUCUAUAUACCCCAGCUCACGCACACUUACACCAAACCACGUAAUUUGAACCCCUACCACCACCACCACUACCUAUCACCAUGUCUCCUCACUGCGACUCGCCGACCAACGGCUCCGACGCCGGCAGCGGCUUUUCUUCCUACAAUGGCAACGGCAAUGGCUACGCCAACGGCAACGGAGCCGCCCACCAGAACGGCAACGGUGUGAAUGGCCACCAGAACGGUGCCUCCCGCAUCCAAAAGUCCCAGUACCUCCAGCCCACCGACCACAGCGAUAUCCACGACCUCAUCUGCGUUGGCUUCGGCCCCGCCAGUUUGUCUGUUGCCGUCUCCAUGCACGACUUCCAGGAGGCUGGCCGCCAGCUCACUCCCGGCUCAGGUGCCGCCAAGGUGCUCUUCCUCGAGAAGCAGCCGGCCUUCGCAUGGCACCCGGGCAUGCUUCUUUCCGGCGCCCGCAUGCAAAUCUCCUUCAUCAAGGACAUGGCCUCCCUGCGCAACCCUCGUUCCCAGUUCACCUUCCUCAACUACCUCCACAGCAACGACCGCCUAGUUGAGUUCACCAACCUGGACACUUUCUUGCCCGCCCGCGCUGAGUACGAGGACUACCUGCGCUGGUGUGCUCGCCACUUUGACGAUGUUGUUGAGUACGGCCGUGAGGUUGUCUCCGUCUCCCCCGACCCCCAGACUGCUGGCAGCAUCAAGACCUGGACCGUCAAGUCCCGCAACAUCAAGACCGGCCAGGUCAGCUCCUACCAGACCCGCAACGUCCUGAUCGCCAACGGCGGCCAGCCGCGCAUCCCCAAGGUCAUGCCCGCCAACCACCCGAAGAUCAUCCACUCCUCCCAGUACGCCCAGCUCGUGCCGCAGCUUCUCAAGGACAACUCGAGACCCUACAGAGUCGCCGUCAUCGGUGCCGGCCAGUCUGCUGCCGAGAUCUUCCGCGACGUCCAGCGCGCGUACCCUAACGCCAAGACGUGGAUGGUGAUGCGCUCAGAGUUCCUCAAGCCCGCUGACGACUCGCCGUUUGUCAACUCCAUCUUCAACCCCUCUUACGUCGAUGAGCUGUACCCCAAGUCUCAAAGCUACCGCCGUUCUCUCAUCAAGGAGGCCAAGGCGACCAACUACGGCGUCGUGAGACUCCAGCUCAUUGAGGCCCUGUACGAGAUGCUGUACCACCAAAAGCGCACCCUCGGCUACGACGAGCGCAAGUGGCCCCACCGCAUGCUCUUCGGCCGUGACAUCACUCAGGUCACCGAGAGCAAGGAGACCGACCGCCUGCAGAUCCACGUCCGCCGCCUCGAGGACGCCGCCGGCGACAGCCUUGAGGAUGGCUUCGUCAACCAGUUACCCGGUGACGAGGUCCUCGACGUCGACCUGAUUGUUGCGGCGACUGGCUACCAGCGCAACGCCCACAUCGACAUGCUUCGCGACAGCUGGAACCUGCUUCCUGAGAUCACCCCCGCCGGCAAUGCCAGCGAGCGCGAGCUUGUUGAUGGAUGGGAAAUUGCCGGCCCUGACGCGACGUCGGGAUCGAGGAAGCUCGAGGUCGGACGCGACUACCGUGUGCGAUAUGCCCCUGGCGCUGUGGCGCCUGAUGCUGGUGUUUUCUUGCAGGGAUGCUGCGAAGCGACCCACGGACUGAGUGAUACCCUGUUGUCAAUUCUUGCCGUGAGAUCGGCCGAGGUUGUCGACUCCAUCUUCCCCUCUGCUCCGAGGGCCAAGACCGUUUCCAACUAGACGUGUUUUUUUUUUUUACGACUUUAUUCUUAUUAGAGAGAGGGAUGGGAAAGACAUUUCAUGAGUCUCUUUUGGAUUGGUCAUUGACAUGGGACAUGUGUGUACCUGAUGACAUCUCUUUGUGUAUGUGCCCUUGGGCGGGGUUCUUUCUCAACAUCUCUUCGGAACUUGUGUUGAAGAACUAAAAAAAGACAUGGCGCGGAG